GUUAGAUAUGCUGAGUGGAGAAGACAAGAAAAUCAGUAAGUGUCAAGAUCAGGAGUGUUCACUGUUUACAGCGGCAAGAUAGUAGCCAGCUGGUGAGGAGCAGCAGCACGUGUGUCAGACUGGCGAGACACACCACAACCACCACUACUAGACAUGGGGAAGGCCAACAAAAUGAAGAAGCUCGGCUCCAAGGUGGCUCGGCCAGGGCCUCUUGGGGAGCAGCUGGCCCGGGAUGAGGUCGCUCAGCCCUCGGGCCGCAGGAAGGCACGCCCUGCCAGGAAGGAUGGUGAUGAUGAGUUUGUGGAGGGUCAGCUGGGGAGGAACAUCCUGAAGCAGAGUUUGGCACAGCUGAGGGAGGUGCAGCAGGAGGCAGACGAGGAGAUGGAGGAAGAACAAUUCCUGAAACCUGACCAUCCAGUACCCAGGGACAACAAGAGGUUGGGUACAGUGAGUCUGACUGCCAAAACAACCGAUGGAAAAGGUGAGGAGAGCAGUGAGGAAGAGGAGGAUGUGGAUGAGACACUGAGUGCUGUACCUCAAAACACUGAUAAACUGGUGAAGGAUUUUGAGGAGGAAUUGCACCUGGCUAAGGAGGACCAGCAGAUCCUGGACCACUUCAUGAACAAGGAUGCAGCACCACAGAGGAAGCUGGCCGACCUCUUCAGGGAUAAGAUCACAGAAAAACAAACAGAGAUCCAAUCACAAGUGGAUGCCAGCAGUGUCCAGACUGUGAGUGUGUCCACAGAGGUGCAGGACAUGUGUGCCCAGGUGGGGAAGGUCUUGGCCAAGUACCGUAGUGGUCCCUUGCCAAAGAUGUUCAAAGUUAUCCCUAAGAUGCGCAAUUGGGAGGAGCUUGUCUAUCUAACAAACCCAGACAAGUGGUCAGCCGCUGCCAUGUACCAAGCCGUCAGAAUAUUUGUGAGUAACCUGAAGGAGGCAAUGGCCCAGCGCUUCUUCAAUCUAGUUCUUCUGCCACGUGUGAGGGAUGACAUCUCCUUCUACAAGCGGCUCAACUACCACCUCUACCAGGCCAUGUACAAAGCAAUGUUCAAGCCGGCAGCAUUCUUCAAGGGUGUUCUGCUGCCUCUCUGUAUGUCUGGCACGUGCACCCUGAGAGAGGCCAUCAUUGUGGGCUCAGUCAUUGCCAAGAAUCACAUACCAAUCCUUCACUCUGCUGCAGCCAUCCUCAAGAUUGCUGAGAUGGACUACACGGGUCCCAACUCCAUCUUCCUACGAAUAUUCUUUGACAAGAAAUACGCGCUGCCUUACAGAGUAGUGGAUGCCUGCGUGUACCAUUUCCUAAAGUUUGAACACGACCGCCGUGACUUACCCGUGUUGUGGCAUCAGGCACUGCUGACGUUUGUGCAACGUUAUAAGGAGGACCUCAGCCCAGACCAGAAGCAGUCCCUCCUUGAUGUGGUGCGCUUCCACACACACUACACUAUCACGGCUGAGGUAAGAAGAGAACUUAUUAAUUCCAAGUGCCGUGGGGAAGAUGAUGCAAAGAUGGCAGUUGAUGAGUGAAGUGAAGAAUAGUAUUAUACAGUGACACUUGUAAUAUCUUUGUACAGUGUACUGUAUGAGAAUCUGUGUUGCUCUUUGCUGCCCCUGUGCCGAGUUGUUGUUAUAAGGAACACUUGUAAGAGUGAAGAAAAGUGUUGUGGUGUGUAUGUUGGCUAAAUGAACAGCUAUCAGAUUGCUAUCUUCACCAGUGUUACCAAUGAGCAUAGGUGAGUGUUAUCACCGUAAUUUGCAAUAACAACAUCAAGUUAUCUGUUAUCCAAUAGUUAUUUUUCCUGCAUUAUCAAUUCAUCAAUAUCGCCAAUACUUUUGGUUCUAAACUAGCAUAAAUUGAUCAUUUUAGCUUUUAGGUUAUGAGUAUGUUGAAGUUUUAAACUUUCAAAAUCAUGUAUAGUUAUUUCAUUAAAACUGCAUUUUGGAUUUGUGAAGAGAUAGGAUAAACAUUGAAUUGUAUUUUUUUUUUCUUACUUUUUUAGAUAAAGAUAAAGUAAAGAUUAGGAUUUAUCAAUUUUUUGUUUAAAAUAUCAGUAUGAGUAUCACUAGUAUUGAAAUUUUGGAUUUAUAAAUUAUCAGGUAAAAAAAAUAAUUACCAUUUAUCAAUUAUAAUUGGUUAGUAAAUGUGGAAGGAGAUGCAAUUUGAAUAUGCUUUUGAUUUUGAGAAAUUAAAAUCUAUAACUAAAUUUUCAUACUUUUCAUGAGAAGUUUUUCCUUCUAACAUUUAUUUUUUUGAGAAAUAAUAAACAACUGUGGUCAUACUUUUUCUUUUGACUUUGUAAAAUUUUGGCAAAUUCUCCAAAAUUUUCAUCCCUUCUUCACGCUUAUUACAUUUUUUUUUCUCACAUAUUGCUAUUUCUCAACAAGGUUCUUUGCAUUAUAUGUUUCUCUUUUUAGGAAAAUGAACAGAAUUAUAAUUGUUGGUUAUUAUGAUAAAUAUUUUUAAAUCACAGUCAGCAAUGUAUUAUUGGGAUAGAGAGUUUAUGUGACCUUUAUAUCUGGCUCUUUGUGUGAGCAGUGUUACCUGUGUGAUGUAUAGAUGGGAGUGCUGAUACUUCUUCCCAAGGUAAUACUGAUAUUGAUAACAACCUUAUCUCUUCAUAUAAGGACCUCCUUUGUAUCUCUGGGGAUAUGAGUUAGCAGUGAUACCUGUGAGUGUGGAUGGGACUGGUAUUAAUGUUACUACUGCCUGUAGUAAAACUGAUAAUAAUCUUUACAUCAUAUAUUUUUCAUGGUGUGUAAUUAGUAGUUUGAGAUGAUAUGCUGAAUUUCAUCCCAUCUGCCUGUUGUUAUUGAUUUAAACCUUAGUCUUUGGAUGUCACAUAUUGCAAAGCUUGACUGCUGGGCUCACAACUUGGUGUGGUAUGGUGAGCAUCAUUUCUCCCCAUCAACCUGGACACUGAUAGGCUGAGAUGUUCAGGAAUGCUUGUGAAUAUAUAUAUAUUUGUAAAUGCCUUAUGGAAAAUAGAUUAGAAAAUUUUUAAGUGUUGUAUGAAAAAUAACUUUGAGGGUAAUAGUAAUAGUAAGAUGAAGAUUACAAAUAUUUAUUAAACUGACCAUAAUAACAGCAUUUUGUAAAGAUACACAUAUAAAAUGGCUUGUGCUGUUAGUCAGUCUUGUACUUCCUGUCUUGUUGCAUGUACAAGUGUGACAGAAAAGAUCUCUUGUACAACAGAGGCAGACCAGGUGUAAGUUACUCACCAAGAGGCAGAUUUAAUCAUUAUCCUCUUGGGCAAGAUGCACAAAAUACUUGUAGUAAUUUGCUGUCUUGUGUGUUUUCUUUCACUCUAUAUUUCUUAAUGAUCAUUAAAAUCAUGAAAACACCCUCAAAAGCUCCCAGUAACCUCUAGUAGAGGGGAUCAAAAGUAGUCAAGAUAUGACACUAAAAAGCUUGAGAGAGAGAGAGAGAGAGAGAGUAUGUUGUUCAUCUUGCCCCUUACAACAAAAUGUGCCUCUCAAGUGUGUUGCUUUUAUAACAUGUCUGCUGUCUCUGUGUUCAAUGUGCCUCUAAGCAGCCACUUCCUCAGAAGGCAGCAUGAACAUUAAGUGUACAAAAGAUCCCUUGAAGAAAAAUAAAGAAACCCUGAGCA